AUGUCAGCGUUUGUAAAUACAGGCCUUCAAGACUCAAGGAGAUUGCUUCAUCCAGCAACCCUGACUUCACAAGUUCACCCUCUGAAUUUGGCUGUUGGGACACUUCAGAAUGCACUUGUAAGAAACACCACUGUGUUGCUUUUACAGCCUUUUAAGUAUAGCUCACGUGAUAAUAAAAGACAAAGAGGAAGCUGGCACAUAGACGGGGUCUUGAGUCUAGAAUAUCUGGAAGAGCUGCACAUGGGGAAGAACCCAAUUGUAAUCAUCCCCAGAGACAUAAAUUGCCUGGGGCAUGUGAAGGUCCUUUACUUGGAUCAGAAUCACAUACAAGAUAUAUGCAAAGAAGUGGGGAAGAUGAAAUCUCCUCUGAGCUUAGAUUUAAGUAACAAUCCCCUCUCAUGUAGCUUGCUGCAAGUUGUGUCCCUUUGUCAGCUCAGGCUCUAUAAAACAAACUUGCAUGAAAUUCCUGUGCAGAUCUGUGGAUACCUCUAUCACAUUGAACUGCUUGGCCUUUCUAACAAUCAUCUCAAGUGUCUGCCUAAAGAAAUAGUAAACGAAAAAAGAAAAAUCAAGGAAAUUUACCUCCAGAAAAAUAGACUUUAAAGUUUUCCCAAGGAGCUUUGUCAUAUCGCUAAUGCAGAAAUUAUAGAUCUAAGGCAAAAUCUAAUCAGUGUCAUCCCAGAAGAGGGAGGCUUUACGACAAACCUAGUUAAACUACUUUUAGCUUAAUAACUUAUCCUCCAUUCCUCCUACACUGCAACACUGCAACAUUGCCAGAAGCUUGCUGUGCUGGAUUUGUCUCAUAACCUCCUGCACAAGCUUCCCCUAGGUUUGAAGAAUCUCACUGAUGAGAGUACUCUGACUGCUAACAGCCUGGAGAAGUUCCCACACCAGAUCUGCUGCUGGUCGUCCCUUUCCCGCGUUUAUAUAAGUGAUAACUCCCUUGAUGAUAUUCCUAAAGGAAUAUGCACUAUAAAAAAUCUAGAAGCAUUGGCCCUGGAUGACAAUCAGAUACACGAGUUAUUUGUACCUGUGGAGCUGAAAGAACUGACAAAUUUGAAAUACCUUAGCCUGUUUGGAAACCAACUCAGUAUCUUUCCAAAAGAAAUCUUUCUCCUGGACUCAUUAGAAGGAUUAUACCUGGGACAAGAUAAAGGAAUUAAAUUCCCAAACCUGCCAGAAGACAUCAGAGAGCCCGAGUCCCAUCCUUCCAUACUUGGAAGCAGGAAUGCUCCACAUCAUUUAUUCUUUGUGCUGCAGCUGUUUGCUUUUGUGUGUUCAGGUUUGCAGAAGCUGCUCAUUCAGAACAAUCACCUGUCCCAGCUGCCUGAGGAAUUGGACAGUCUUCAGCAGCUGGAGCUGGUCCUUGGGAGCAACCCUAUGGCAGACCCUCCAACUGAAGUGUGCUGUCGGGGGACAUCUGCCAUCUGGGAAUACUUAUGGGGGAAAAAGGCAUAAAAAGGCCAUGAAGUUAAAGGUAGGGGUUUUAAGAAAGUCACCACAAUAUACGUACAAAGCCGUGCUUUUAGUAAUAGAUACUUUGCAGAAUAACCUACAGAGCACUCUAUGCAACAUCUAAAACCAUUGUUUGCAUCAGCUAUGGCAGAGCAAUACUUCUAUCACUGAUCGUGUUAAGGUAGGAUAUAUGGAACCAUUAGGAAAUACAGCACUGAGUAUCCUUCAAAAACACACCAGAAAGUUGUCACUGCCCUGCCAGGUCAGCCAGCAAGCACAGAAGAGCCCAUACAGCUUGCAAGGGAGCCUUCCUUAGUUCCUUGUCCAGUGGAAGAGGACCAGUUAGUGUGUCCAAAACCAAGUCAGAUCCUCAAAGUCAAGGCA